AUGGCCAAACCCCCGACACCCGGAGAGGGUGAUGGAAUCGAGGCCUUCUUCCAUCGCAGUGGUGCGCCACCAGACACGAGACACCAGUGCCAAACGCUAGCCGCACAUCUAUUCCCCGGCAUGAGAAUAGAGGAGGCAAACCCCCAAGGGUACUGCUCUUACACUCUAUACGUGGGCGCCGACUGUGUCUUGCAGUUCAGACCACCAGCGCACAGGCUAGAUGUAGACCUGGCCAAGGCAGCCCGCGAUGUCUAUGGUGAACUCGCCCCGCACACCGAGCUACUCACCGUGCUGAAACCCUCUCACCGCGCAUCACCUGCUCACGUCUCUCUCACCCCAGGCCAACGCACACGACAGCGCGAGAUCCUCGUGGCCCAGUUCGCCCACUUCAUCGCCACCGGCUGGAACCAUCGACGACGCGCUGGCCCUGCUACGGCCUCGAGCAGCCGCCAGCUCGCCCUUCUUCCGCGGCGGAUCGGUGGGUCGAUGAGGUGGCGGCUGGAGCAGAUGAGGGCCGGGCUGCCGCGGCGGUUCAGGGCGGUGGUGGAGGGGACACUGGCACAGCUGGACGAGAUCGUGACGGAGCUGCCGUGGGUGCUGACGCAUGGGGAUGUGGUGCCGGGCAAUGUAAUGAUUUCUGAAGAAAAUGAGGAGGAGGAGGAGGAGGAGGAGGAGGAGGAGGAGGAGGAGACGGCUUCGGCGGCGGUUGGCCUGGCUGGAUUCUUGGACUGGGCGGAGGCUGAAUAUUUGCCCUUUGGCGUAGGCUUGUAUGGUCUGGAAGCAUUUCUGGGUGAGGAAGAGGCUGGCGCUGAUGGCUGGUUCUCUUAUUUCCCUGAUGCGCAGGAAGUUUGUGAGUACUUCUGGGCCCGGCUGGCGGCGGAGAUGCCUGGUGUGGACCUCAGCUGUGGCAGCUCCUUCCGCGGGCUGGUGGAUGCGGCACAUACUCUCGGAGUCUUGCUGUGGCACGGGAUCGCGUUUGACGACGGUAAGCUGAACCGGGUUGUCGAGGAGGGGCGAGAUGCAGGAGAAAUCAGGCGUCUCGAUCUCUUUCUCGGCUCUCGGUUGCUGGAAUGUGAACACCCAGACGGCAGUGGUGGCAUCAGCCGUCAUUCUCCUUCUCCUGCUCUUGGGAGACGGCGGCACCUGUGGCCGCGCGACAAGGGCGCCGUGGAUGGCCGGAUUUGGACACGAGGCCUGCCUUUCCUGCACUUGUUUGGCAAGAAACCAACAUGUGUUUGA